AUGACGUUCUGGUGUUGUAAGGCAAAACCAAAUGCAGACAAGUCGGACAAACGGAAAUCCAGUGUUAAAUCGAACCAAGCAUGCAUGGCGGAAAUCAAAGACCUGUUCGACCUCUUCGACCAGGAUCACAACGGGGUGGUCACGAAGGACGAGAUCCUCAGGACGUUCACCAGCCUGCGGUUGCCCAUAACCGAGCAGCACGCGGAGAAGCUCAUCAAAGAGUUUGAUAGAAACGGCGAUGAUGAACUGGAGUUCAUGGAAUUCGUUAGCUUGAUCAGGAAGUACCUCAGCGACACCGACUACCCAACGCAGGGCAUGUUCAAAUACUUCGAUCGCGAUGGCGACGGAUACAUCACUCUUGAUGAGUUUGUCAAGUCCAUGAGAUGCGUGGGAGUUCACAUCUCCGAAAAAGAAGCAGCUGAAGUGGUGCCUAAAUAUUACACGCCCGGGACCGACAAAAUGGAUUACAAUAAUUUUAAUAAACUCAUGAAAAACUUGAUGCUAUGA